AUGACGGACGCUUAUGCCAGAGAAGAACAGAACCAAACCCUCCUCGCAUCCCUCCACGCCAAAACAUCCCAACUCCGCGGCAUCACCGACAACAUCUACGCGCAGGCCUCGAACCAGCAAACGCUCGACAACACCAAUGAGGUGUUUAGUAACAUGGGCACGAGCCUGAGGGGAAGCAUGGGACGGAUGGGGCGGAUGGCGCGGCAGGGGGAUCGGGUUGCUGUGUUGAAGCUCGCGGGGAUAAUUAUUGGGGUGUUUUUGGUUUUGUGGUUUGUGCUGGGUUUCUUGUGGAG